AUGGAUGGCUUCUCCAUGUUAUCUCCAAUCAAACAAACGGAGCACAAAAACGUUGUCACAAUGACAACAUCAACAACAAAAAAACUGUUUCCAAACAACCUCGUACGUAUAUCAAUGUCGGAUCCUUACGCGACCGAUUCUUCAAGUGACGAUGAAGACGCGAUCUUCCCACGAAGACGUGUGAAAAAAUACGUCAACGAAAUCAGCAUUCUUACAAACGUAUCAAAAAACAAUAUAAGCAAUAAUAAUAAAAAUAAAAGUAUUUUACAACCAAAGCCAAUGAAAACAAAUUUAAAUAAUAAUGAUAAUAAUAAUAAUAGAAAGUAUAGAGGGGUGAGACAGAGGAAGUGGGGAAAAUGGGCUGCUGAAAUAAGGGAUCCAGCGAGACGUAUAAGGUUAUGGCUCGGUACGUAUGACACUGCCGAAGAAGCCGCUAGAGUUUAUGAUAAUGCCGCUAUUCGGCUUCGUGGUCCCGAUGCUUUAACAAAUUUUGUUACACCCCGUGAGACUGAUGAGAAUGAGAAGGAAAUUACGAAGGCGGCUAAUGUUGCUUCGACGUCUAGUUGUGAUUCUGGUGAAGAGUCGAAUAAUAAUCAGCUUCUUUCUCCGACUUCAGUUCUCAGGGCUAGUUUUAGUAAUAAUAAUAAUAAUGGUAAAGAAGUAAGUGUACCGGUUCAAGAAUAUGAAGAGUGUCGGUCAAUAAAUAAGGUUGACUCGAAGAAGUCGGGAGUUUUUGGGGAUUUGUCGUUUUUGGAUGAUUUUGUGGAUUUUGAAUCACUUGAUUUGAAUCCGUUUUGUGAUGGAGAUCCGUUUAGUACGAUGGGUGAUGAUGAUUUCGGGUUACUUGACUCGAUUCCAUUGGAUUGUGUAGAUAGUGUUCCGUUUGAUGAUGAUUUUAUGGAUUCAAUUCCUGACAUUGGAUCUCCCUCGAUGAUGAAUGUCGAGGACUUUUUUCAAGAUAUGCCCGAUUAUUUUAACGGGUCGGGUGUAUGUUGA